UUCACCAAAACACCUUGGCUUGUUUGCAAGCAACUACAACAACAAUAAUUUAAUCUCUAUUUAAGUGUGACACAGAAAUAUUAUUCCAAGUUUAAUAGAGAUUCAGCUUCCAUAACCUUAACUAUAGACAUAUACAUUAUGGAAGAGACAUUGAAGAAUGAACAAUCUAUUGACACCCCAAAUGCACCACCUGAUCAACCUCUAGAGCUUUCCUAUUUCGUCGAAGAAAAGAAACCGGAGAAUGAAGGUACUUCAAGCAGUAUUGUUAAACAAGAGCGCAUUGUGCGUGAUCAUGCUACUUCUCCACUCAAUCAAAUUCCUCCUGCUGCUGGAACGGAUACAAAGGACUCAGUUGACAGAGAUGCUGUGCUAGCAAGGGUUGAAUCACAGAAAAGAUUGGCUUUAAUUAAAGCAUGGGAAGAAAAUGAGAAGACAAAAGUAGAGAACAGAGCAUAUAAGAUGCAAUCUGCCGUUGAUUUGUGGGAGGAUAACAAGAAAUCAUCAAUUGAGGCAAAAUUCAAAGGAAUUGAGGUAAAAUUGGACAAAAAGAAGAGUGAAUAUAUUGAAGUAAUGCAAAACAAAAAAGCUGAAAUUCAUCUAUCAGCAGAAGAGAAAAAAGCAAUGAUUGAAGCUCAAAAAGGGGAAGAAAUUGUGAAGGUAGAAGAGACAGCUGCAAAAUUUCGUACUCGUGGUUAUGAGCCAAGAAGACUUCUUGGAUGUUUUGGUUUCGGUGUAAGGGCUUUCCGUUAAAAACACAUGCACAACAAAAAUACUCUCACUAGCUUACUUAAUCAAUUGUUAGUAUUUUUUGUUAGACAUUUAAUUUUAAAUUUUGCUUCUUGUAUUGUUUGUUUUCUAAUUUAGUUGUUGGUAAUAAAAGCUGAACAAUGAGAUUUGCAUUUCAAAAUAAAUCAAAUUAUGUCUA